AUCAUAUGACUUCAGUCGAUGAAAAUGAAAACUGUAUGCUGCUGGCUAGAAAAUUUGCUGUUCAUUUUGACUUUUAAAGUGUGUUUUAACAAAUGUUUUCAACUGACUGAGCUGCAGUCGCUGGUGGAGGACGGCCAUUUUUGUUGUUUACCAACAGCCUUUCUUUGGUAUGAAAUAUACCAGCAGGUAUGUACGCUCUGUGCUGGGACGACCCUCAACAGCACGCCGGUGGGGAGGUUUUGCUCUUCUUCCGCUGGACGGAUAGACGGCCGGUGCUGUUUGAGGAAUAACAGCACAGAAGACCCUGAAGACGUCAUCGGGUUGGAUCUGUCCAAUUGCUCGCUAAGUCAUAUCGAUGACCUUCACGGUGCAUACACAGUGUUGAUGAUAGACCUCUCAUUCAAUCCCAUUGUCAACAUCAGUGACACAGCUUUUCAAGGAUUUCGUGACCUGAAUUACAUGAUUUUACCGCAAGAUAUCGUGUGCCCUGGGGGGAAUGCUUCUUGGCAAAAAGUGGAAGUCACAGAGGGAAAGCGUCUUUGUGAAGGCCAAAAAAACAUGUGCAACCAAAGCAGACAGCUGUCCAUAAACUGCCCGGAAAAUUCCCUCUGCGCUCCCUUUGGCCCUGGUUUGGUCGAGUGCAGCUGUGCAGAGAACUACCACGGAUACAAGUGUCUGCGAGAGGGGGACUUUCCAACUAUUCAGGUGUUUGGGCCUCUGGCUGCAUCCACAGUCGUGAUCUCCAUCCUGUUGUGGGUCACAGAGAGACGCAAGGCCAAAUCUAUCUGAGGCCGACUGCUUUUAAACUGACUGGAGCAGACGUUCUUCCAAAGGGACUAUACUGACAGGGCCGGGGGCGACCCCGCUCUUCUUAUUAGAUAUUUUAUGCAUGUUACACUUUUUGAAAGGCAGCUGCAUCUUACUGAAGGGAACUUUUAAAAACUGACUUUACAAUAUCGCUUACUUUUUAAAAGAACAUUUUAAUAAUUGCUUCAAUUUUAAAACAUGUCCCCGUGUUUUAACUGUUAACAUUUAAUUUCUGUUUCUAAGUGUAGCUGACUGACGGCAUAAUAGUGAACACUGUUGGUAACUGUGCCAAAUACGAACUGAAUGUGUGUGAGUUUACAGAAAUGCUGUGCUUAUGUUCUGAAAACCGCUGCAGAGCACUUGCAUGUCAAACGUGCUUGGUUUUUCAGAAAAAGCACCUUUUAAUCCUAAUGGAAACCACAAAAACUGCAACUUUAACUGAGGGUUAAUGCUGAAUUACAACACUUUAACACUUUUAUUUUGGCGUGGGAUAUAGUUUAACUGCUGUACACAGUUAUUGUGUUGCUAUGUAAUCCAGGGAUGCGUGGAAGAAAAUAUUGAAUGCAGAAAUGCACCUUUUUUGUGGAAUAAUUGUGUUACUUCAAUCACAAGUUGCUUUGGUACUUUGUCACAAUGACUUUUAGGGAUCCAAUAAAAGUUUGAAGAUUUGAUGUUUCAUUAAUAGAACAGUUAUUAGCAAUAACAGUGAGCCAUUAAUUUGCCCCCCAGAGGUCUAAGCUCUAGUUUU